UGACUGCAAAGAGAAUCAUAAACUGUCCUAAGGUUGAGACCACAUUUCUGACAAGGGCAGAAAAAUAUUAUGCUGAACAUGAAGAACCUUUAGCCAUUAGCAUGGGUGAAAGCAAACAUACUUAGCAAGCCUUUGACAUUGAAACGAGAGAGAGAGAGAGAGAGAGCUCAAGUGCUCAUGUUUCUUUUUUUUUAAAAUAGAUCAAAAGCUGUGACCUUACAGAAGUAUAAGUGGGAACUGAUACAAACCUGGUGUAUUUCUACUGAGGGGUUUCCCCUGCCUGCUUCCACAGAAGAAGGAACUCUUACCAAGGGAAGGGGGGGUGGGACGUCUGGAAUAAGCAUGACAGGAUCAAAGAGGAAAAAGAAAAAUGCCAUCUGGAGGAAAAUCCAUGCCCUUCGCUAUGAAGAUUUCAAAGUAUGGGGUCUGCGGAGGCUGCCUGUGUUGGAAUGGGCUCCCAAGUACAACUGGAAAACAGACCUGGUCCCUGAUACGAUUUCUGGGAUGAUGCUGGCUGUCCAACAGGUGAUACAAGGUCUUGCCUUUGCUAUACUGUCUUCAGUACAUCCUGUGUUUGGUUUAUACGGAUCUCUUUUCCCUGUUAUAAUUUAUGCUGUAUUUGGAAUGGGACGUCAUGUUGCCACAGGGACCUUUGCUUUGACCUCCUUGAUAUCUGCAAAUGCUGUUGAGCGUCUUGUGCCUCCGGUGAACAGCAGUUUUACAGCAAGCAAUCACUCCGCAGUCUUGGGUCUUUCUGAUUUUGAAAUGCAGAGAAUUGGAGUGGCAGCAGCAGUUUCUUUCCUGGGAGGUCUCAUUCAAGUAGCCAUGUUUGUGCUGCACUUGGGCAGUGCCACCUUCUUGCUCACGGAGCCAGUGAUAAGUGCAAUGACAACAGGAGCAGCCACGCAUGUCGUUACGUCACAAGUGAAGUAUCUCCUAGGAAUGAAAAUGCCGUAUAUCUCAGGACCCUUGGGAUUCUUUUAUAUUUAUGCCUACAUCUUUGAAAACAUCAAAUCCAUUCAGCUGGAAGCUUUGCUGCUGUCUGUGCUGAGCAUUGUGCUGCUUGUUCUUGUUAAAGAGCUGAACGAAAAAUAUAAAGGAAAAAUUAAAGUCGUUCUUCCCAUUGAUUUGGUAUUGAUAAUUGUUACCUCUGUUGCUUGCUACUAUGCUGAUAUGGAGUUCAACUAUGGCCUGAAGGUUGUGGGACAUAUUCCAGAAGGUAUACCAGCACCAAGGCUUCCACCUAUGAAUAUCCUCUCGGAAGUAGUUACGGAAGCAUUUGGAGUGGCAUUAGUUGGCUAUGUGGCAUCACUAGCCCUGGCACAGGGUUCUGCUAAAAAGUUCAACUACUCUGUGGAUGACAACCAGGAAUUCUUGGCUCAUGGUCUCAGCAAUGUGAUUCCCUCAUUUUUCUUUUGCAUACCGAGUGCGGCGGCCAUGGGGCGGACAGCUCUUUUGUACAGCACUGGAGCAAAAACACAGGUGGCUUGUCUAAUAUCUUGCAUAUUGGUGGUUGUGGUCAUCUAUGCAAUAGGACCCAUGCUAUAUUGGCUCCCCAUGUGUGUUCUAGCAAGCAUCAUUGUGGUGGGACUAAAGGGGAUGCUGGUACAGUUCCGUGACUUAAAGAAGUAUUGGAAUGUGGAUAAAAUAGAUUGGAGCAUAUGGGUUAGCACUUACAUAUUCACAAUCUGCUUUGCUGCCAACGUGGGAUUGUUAUACGGUGUCAUCUGCACUAUCCUUAUUGUGGUUUUCCGUUUUCCAAGAGCAACAACGUUAAGUUUGAAACAGAUGAAAGAAGUGGAAUGCAGGUUCAAGCCAGAAGCUGAUUCUGAGUCUUUGCAUUUGGUAAAAAUUGUGUCAGUGAACAACCCACUGGUGUUUCUGAAUGCUAAGAAGUUUCAUGCUGACCUGUUAGAAAUAAUCCAGAAGGAGAGCUCUGUUGUCCAGCAAUUGCCAGAAGAUACAAACAAGUGUGAACAGAGCACAUUGCUCAAUCCAUUACCCAAUGGAAAUUGUCAUGAUGAGUCUUCAGCACAGCAGCUUCCCAGCGAAAGGCGCACCCUAAUAUUAGACUGUAGUGGCCUGACUUUCUUUGACUACACUGGCCUCUCAGUGCUCACUCAGAUCUUCAUGGAUUCUAAAAAAAGAAAUAUUGAUGUUUUGCUAGCAAACUGCAAAGCUUCAUUGAUAAAGGCAAUGAAGCUCAGUGGAAAAAUAGAGUCUGAAAGCCCCAUCUUCUUUGAGUCUCUUUCUUCAGCUGUUGGUACCAUUCAACUAAGCAGGAAUAUGUGCAAGUUUAAUGAACACAGUGAGGUCUGAUGCUGGCCAGACGGGUAUACUGAUCUGCUCACCUCCAGACAGAAAAACACCACGGUGUUUCCCUGGAUCUUUAUGCACAAGAUUUGUUGGUGAUGAAUUGUAUGCUGAGUAUCCAUCAAACCCAGCAGCAGCAGUGUUUACUUGUGUGCAGGUCCUUAAGGAUUCCCUCCGAAUUACCCAAGUGACUUUUUUUUCAUAACCUGGAUCGACCUUAGUAGUUACAUAUUUUGUAUGCAUUUAGAUUUUUUUAAAAAGAAAAUAGAAAACAAUAGUUAGGACUUAUUACAGCGAUGUAUAUUGUUUUAGUUCUGUCCUGUUACUUAGUGGUAUCAUUUCUGUGUGUGAGAGAAUGAAGAAUUAUUGAAUUUUGUUCUACAGCUGAUGUUAUCUGAUCUCAAAUGAUGGCAUCUGAAUAUACCAACGGUGAUAUAAGAUCAGUUCUCAAAUACCUGCAGUGCACAUUGGUGAAAUUAUGCUGUGGCCUAUAACUCUAGUGUGUUGAUACUGACACUCUUUGUCAAAGUCACUGCUUUCACUGGUUGUUUCAAGUAUCACCUGUCCUGUGCUUAUUUUCUCAUGAUUUUAUAAUAGGAGGGGGGGGGGGGGUUAUGGUUGUUCCCAAUAGCCAUCACCACCUGCUACAAUCUCAGGGGUGGAAGCGGUUUAGCAUUCGAUGCCAAGAUUCUCCAGUUCGAACCUUGCUCACACAUAUAUAAACUGAGAUAGCUCCAUUGCCUUCAGCAGGAUAGUUUUUGUUUACAGUGAGUUUGAAUGUUUAAAAUAUUUUGUAGCAGAUUAAAAAAGGGAGGCCCUACAUUUAUUGUCAAAUCUGCUACAAAAUAAUAUAUUUGCGUGAGGAAGUGUGCAGUUUCUGUAUGUGUGUGGGUGGAUGUACACACAGCUGCAGAUAUGAGGUACUUUGCAUACAAAGAGGAAGAUUUACAUAGAUUUGGAGUUUUAUAUGGUUUUAGACAUUAGGAACUGGCGUCACCGAGCAUGCUCUAGGUUUCUUUAUAUCACUGCCAAACGGUGCAGAGUUGUACAGCAAUACUGAAUUGUUCUCAAUCAUCCAGACCAUAAUUUGUCAAGUUAUAGCUACAUAUGAAGAAAUAAUAAAUGAAAAGCAUAUACAAUUACAUUUCCCCCAGACAAAUGUCUAUGUUUGUCUAUAAAUCACCCUUAAAUGGCAUCAUACAAAGAUGAUUGACUGCGUAGAAUCCUUACAUGAUUCCAUUCACUACUGAAUCCCUCGACACUCACGUGAUUCAUCUAAGAAAGAUAACAAGCAGUCAGGGUGGGAAACAAAACCAAAGAAACAACAGGGGAAACAGGCAUCAUGUUUGGGGGAAACGUCUAUUCUACUGUGAUUACUAAAUUCAAUCCAAAAAUUAAGAGUGGAGCAUAUUUCAUCUCUAAAAGUUAGCAUUAUUUUAUAAACAAAAUUGGGAUAGUCUAGGUUGUAAUUAAUUAACAUUCCAAGGAAUUUCAAAGUUAGGCACAGUAACUGUUGCUGGUUGAACAAGGAAAGUUUGGUACUCUGUGCUGAUGUGAAUGCUUGCGGGGCCUGCAGUGGUAUUCAAGCAAAGCUUUACAUAUGUUAUGAUCUCCUUGAACUUAGCACAGCAGCUCUUAGCAAUAGAUUUAUUCAGGCAGUUUAUUGCAACCUGCCUAAAUAAAUCUAAUUUGCAAACUGGUCAUAUGAAUUCUUCUGAAGACAUCCACUGUUUAUUGGAUGGCUUUCUUUGAAUCCCUAGAGAGCAUGUAGCUGAACCUAGUAAAGCUGACAGUCACAACUGCAGAGGCGUAGCAAGGGGGGAAAGUGCCCAGUGCACUGGUGCGUCCUCCGCCUCCGUCCCGCUCCAGAACACCCCCACCACGCCCCUGGAAUUCCCUUGCCACACCCCCACAGGGGCGCGUGCUCGGUGUGUCGCCCCCCUGUUCCCUUCGAGCUACACUUCUGCACAACUGUAAGCCUCUUUUUACUGGAUAUGAACAGAUUUCCCUGGUUCUGUUCUUGUGUUGUUCCCAAAUUUCUCUUGGCAUUGUAAAACUAAACAGGUAUCUAGUGACACCUUAAAGAUUAACAAGAUUUUAUUUCAGCAUAAGCAUUUGUGGACUGAAGCCCAUGAAAGCUGAUGCUAGCAUAAAGUCUUUUUACUUGUCAGAUGCCACCAAACUUCUGGUUUCUUGUUGCUUUUUCCCCCUGCAGCAUAGGUGGAAUUUCCUCUGCAUUUUGUUCUGCUCUCUUUAAAUCCAGUUGACUUUAGAAAGUUUUGAAAAAUUGCAGAACUGGCAUCUGUUUGGUUACCCUUUUAGGUUUUUCAAAGUUCAUGUGUUCCUUGGGGGACGGGACUUGAUCUCCCUACAUUCACAACAUUCUGCAAGAUGCCACUCACUUGAUGCAAUUGUACAUUCAAUUGCAUUAAUAUUCUUUGUCUUGGUGUUUUCCUAAUGCACAGGUAUGCAUUUGGAAAAGUAGAUACAGAAAGAGGUUUAUACAACUCUACAUGCAAACAGAUCAAGAUUUCUCUCUUGUGGUAUUUUAUCAAUGUGUAUAAGAAUCAGAGGGUUUUUUAAAGGUGCUAAUGAAUUUAAGGAAUUGGAAGAUGAAGCAAAUGGCAUGUUAUGUUCAGUAUAAAAUCCAGAAAUUGAAAAAUGGAGCAACAGGGAAUUUUUGCUACUUUGCUUCAAUAACAAGAACUGAUCAUUUGAAACUUCAAAAUCAAAGGGAGAUUUAAGAAGAAGAGAAUUUUGGAAGCAUCUGUGUUUCAGAGUUCUCCAUUGGUUCAGUGUGAUGUAGUAUAACUCAGUGGUAUUUCUCAGUAUUUUUUAUUUUCAUCUGGCACUUUAAAGAAAGCACUGUCUGUUUUACUUACAGCAACAGUCUGUACUUUCUCAGCUAUUUCAUUAAUUUCACACUUUGCUAUCACCUUUUAAGAAAUCUUUUCCAAACAUCAUACUACUAGAAAAGCAGAACUAUGCAUUCCAGCACAUUCUCCAAAAGUGGAGAGACAGAUGCUGUCUGGAAUUAUAUAACAGACUAUGAUGGAGACAGGUGUCUCUGUUGUUUGCUCCCAGCUUUUAGUAAGUGGAAGUGGACUGAUGAGCCUGAAAGUUUGAAGAAUUUGGCUUAUCUCCAUGAAACUGGCCAGUUCUUUUGAGAAUAAGUACCUAAGCUAACGAGAGGAGUUGUUUUUUAUACCCUUCUUUUCUCUACCUUUAAGGAGUCUCAAAGAAGCUUACAAUCA